UACUCUCCUUCUUUCAUGUCUGCCUCAUUUUCUCCCUACCCUCCGCUUCCUCUCUCUCUCUCAAACUUUUCAAAACCUUUAUUGACUGGCCAAUCAGCCCAAAUAACUCCAAACCCCGUCUCUCUCUCUCUCACCACCCAGAUCGCCGGUCCAGCACCAUGAUGGCACAGUCCCGCCGGAAACUUAUCAUCCGGCAGCUGGCUCCGGCCCCUCCUUUUCUGAUAUAAAUGCAGCUGCUGUGGAACUACUAGAGGAAGCACAGUGUGUCCCCGGAAUUCAGACUCGAAUGGCAGCUCCAGCUACCAACGCCGCGACACCCACCAACCCCACGUCACAGCCUCCGCCGACGCCGCCGGCUGCUCCCCUGGACUCAAUCUCCGCCGAUGAGCUCUCCGCCAAGGCCGCCAACAAGCGGUACGAGGCCCUCGUCAUGGUCCGUACCAAGGCCAUAAGGGGGAAAGGCGCCUGGUACUGGGCCCACCUCGAGCCCGUCCUGGUCCACUCCACCGACACCGGCCUCCCCAAGGCCGUGAGGCUCCGGUGCUCCCUCUGCGACUCCGUCUUCUCCGCCUCCAACCCCUCUCGCACCGCCUCCGAGCACCUCAGGCGCGGGACCUGCCCCAACUUCGCCUCCUCCCCUAACCCCAUCUCUGCUGUCUCUCCUGUUCCUCCCCCGCAGCCGCCCCACAGGCAGCACCCCCCUUCCCGCAAGCGCAGCAACACAGGAUCCGGCCGGGCUCCACCCCUCGAGGCCGUUUCGGUCUCGCCGGCUGCCCCGCCGCAGCACCAGCACCACCAAUUGGUCCUCUCUGGCGGCAAGGACGAUCUUGGGGCACUUGCCUUGCUGGAGGACAGCGUGAAGAAGCUCAAGAGCCCCAAAAUCACCCCCCGGCCGCCGGCUCCAGCCCUCACCAAGGCCCAGGUUGACUUCGCCCUCGACUACCUUGCCGACUGGGUCUUCGACUCCGGCGGGUCCGUCUCCAUCUCGAACCUCGAGCACCCCAAGUUCCGGUCUUUCCUCAAUCAAGUCGGGCUGCCCCCAGUCUCCAAGCGCGACUUUGCGGGGCCCCGGCUGGACGCCAAGUACGAAGAGGCGAGGCUCGAGUCGGAGGCCCGAAUCAGAGACGCCAUGUUCUUCCAGAUCGCUUCCGAGGGGUGGAAGGGCGAGGACGGUCUAGUAAAUGUCACCCUGAACCUCCCCAAUGGGACCAGCUUGUACCGGAAGGCAGUUUUCGUCACAGGAUCGGCGAGUUCCAACUACGCAGAGGAGAUUUUAUGGGACUCAAUCACAGGCAUUUGCGGGAAUUCUCCGCAACGAUGCGUUGGGAUAGUAGCUGACAAGUUCAAGGGCAAGGCGUUGAGGAACUUAGAGGACCGGAACCCUGGGUUGGUCAAUCUGCCCUGUCAGCUUCAGGGGAUUAGCAGUUUGAUCAAAGACUUUAGUAAGGAGCUUCCUCUUUUUGAGUCCGUCACGAGGAACUGCUUUAAGCUUGCGAGGUUCGUGAACGAGAAUUCCCGGAUUCGGAAGAGCUUCCACAAGUACCAGCUGCAGGAGUACGGGCACGGUUCUGGGCUGCUCAGACUUCCGCCUCGCAAUAACAGUAAAAAUCUGGAUGGGUUGAGUAAGGACUUCGGGCCGCCAGCGUUCUUGAUGUUCGAGGAUGUUCUGGGGUCUGCUCGGGCAGUGCAGCUGGCACUACUGGAUGAGUCGAACAAGGUAGCAUUCAUCGAGGAUCAGGCCGCUGGGGAGGUGUCGGAGAUGGUUCGGGAUGUGGGGUUCUGGAACGAAUUAGAGGCGGUUCAGUCUUUGAUUAAGCUGAUUAAGGACAUGGCCCAAGAGAUCGAGGCGGAGAGACCGUUGGUGGGGCAAUGCCUUCCUCUAUGGGAGGAGCUUAGGAAUAAGGUCAAGGAGUGGUGCAUGAAGUUCCGAAUAUCGGAGGGGCCGGUUGAGAAGGCUGUCGAGAGGCGGUUCAGGAAGAAUUAUCAUCCCGCAUGGGCCGCGGCCUUUGUCCUUGACCCGCUCUAUCUGGUCAGGGAUACCAGCGGGAAUUCAUACCUCCCGCCCUUCAAAUGCCUGACCCCCGAGCAAGAGAAAGACGUCGACAGGCUCAUCACGCGACUCGUGUCAAGGGACGAUGCCCACAUUGCCCUGAUGGAGCUCAUGAAGUGGCGGACCGUGGGCCUCGAUCCCGUCUAUGCCCGGGCAGUCCAGAUGAAGGAGCGGGACCCUGUCACAGGGAAGCUGAGGAUAGUGAACCCACAGAGCAGGCGGCUUGUCUGGGAGACGCACCUCAGCGAGUUCAAGUCCCUGGGGAAGGUCGCGGUUCGGCUCAUCUUCCUCCGGGCAGCGUCCUGCGGGUUCAGGCUCCACUCCUCGUCCUAUGCUAGGUGGGUAUCCUCAUCCCACGGGCCUACCGGCCUCGAGCGCGCGCAGAAGCUGAUAUUCGUCGCGGCUCAUUCCAAGUUCGAGAGGAGGGACUCCUCAAGCGCCGAGGACAAGGAUGCGGAGCUAUUCGGGUUAGCAAACGGCGAGGACGACGUGCUGAACGAGGUCCUAGUGGAUGCAUCCCAGUAAAUUGAGUUACAAAUUCUUUCCCCCUCCUCCCUAAACAACUCCAUGAGAGCAUCACCGCCCUAAAAUCAGUAGGAUUUAUUGAAUUCUUUUCUUUAAUUUUUCCUUUUAAUUUUAGGCCCUUCUCUUUAUUAUUGUGUAGUUGCCUUAAUUAAUUUUGAUUAGAGAAUUUGUGGGAGUCUCUCUUUAUAAAGCUUGAUUUGUGUACCCAAGCUUUUGCGGAGAAUUAACGGAGGAAAUCAAUUAAAUUCGUAGAACAGAGAGGAUCGUUCUUGUAAAUUUCUUUUGCUCGUCCAGCAAUUUCGAUAGAUUCAUGUGUCGACAUAAUUAUCAAGGGGAAGGUUUUUGACA